CAUACCAGAUAUGAUUCAGAGGAAGGAGGUCGUGCUGUCAGUUCUGGGGGAGCUCCAGGAGGCCACAGAGAGCUCUGGCCUGGAUGCUCUAACCCGAGCGGCUCUGGAGGUGGACCAGGUCCUAACUCCCUUCCAGCUCCCCCUGAGCCCCUGUCAGGACUUCCCUAAGUGGGCGGGCGUGGACGACAUGGCUCAUGGACUGUACCCGGCCGACGCACCCGCGGACCUCUUGCCUAUAAACUGUAAGGGAGAGGGCAACCUACUGUUUGAUGCAGUUAGCAUGCUGUUAGUGGGCAACACUGAACUUAGCUUGGAGCUACAGGUACGGACAGUGGUAGAAAUGGUGCUGUGGAAGAGAUACUACCUGUCUGGAAUGAUUGAUUCAAAAAUGAUGCUUCAGGCUGUUCGCUUCAGUCUCUGUGCUGAAGAGUCUGAGGACAUGCUCAACCUGCCUGUAACAGUCUUGGAGGCAAUCUUUGAUGCAGAUGUCAAAGCGUCAUGCUUCCCUGGCUCCUAUGCCAACAUGUGGCACGUGUAUGCCCUAUCUUCAGUCCUGCAGUUUAACAUCUACUCCAUCUACCCCAUGUUCAACCUCAAGAUCCGACCCUAUUUCAACCGUGUCAUACGCCCAAGGACCUGGCCUAAUGACUCUGAACCACUAACCCUCCAUGUUAUGUGGUCUGGCGAGCUGCAGUCUGAGUUGUUGUUCAGGCCAAAUCAUUUUGUGGCACUAGUCCAGACAAGUGACCUCACGUUUGGAAGCCCUGAUAGCGAGCAGAGUGAGUUGCCGAUCAUGAGUGAGGAGCUGCUGAACCAGGACUCGCAGUUCUCUUACCCGAGUCUGAAGGACAAGUACAACAUCACUAAGAGGACCUUCUAUCGCUGGAAGAGGCAGACGCAGGAGCACUGCAAAAAGUCAGCAGCCAGGUAUGAGGCAAAGUAUUUCCUGCAGGCCUGCUACUUGGAGGGCAAGCUCAUCCCUCUGCAUCAGUUCAAAGAGUUUUUCCCAGAAAUUUCAAGGUCAUCUUAUUACAACUGGAAGCACGAGCUUCUGAAAACCGGAGGGAACUUCUCCACCUCUUCAUCAACCGGGGAGAUCAGUCCUGGAGAGAGCACAGAACAGGAAGCCUGGUCUUCACCUGAAGCAAAGCAGGACGAGCCGGACCACCAUGACAGCGUGGCCAGUAUGUUUGGCCUGGGCCUCGGCAAGCUGGAUCUGGAGCGGGCCCAGAAUGUGGCUCAUAUGCAGGAAGCCAAGCGUUGUCUACAAAAUUGCAUUGCCAUGAACGCCUCCCUCCCCUUCAGGAUCUUCAAAAGAAAUUUCCCAGGGAUCUCCAGGUCAACCUACUACAACUGGAGGAGAGAAGCCAUGAUAUUCAAUGGAGGUUACAAAGGCAGUGUUGGUAGCAGUGAGGACAGCUCAGAUGUUGACAAGAGCCAAAGUCCAAAAAGCCUGUCACCUGUCCUACCUAACAUGAUGGUUGGUGUUGUGUCCAGAACAAGGAUCUGCAGACGGAAACACAAAAGCUUCAGACUGGCGUACAUGAGUAAAAAACAGCUCAGAGAUGCUGCAAAGCUGCAUGUCCAGAACUCCAAAUGGUCCCUGACAAAGUUCAAGCUCAAGUUCCCAUCCAUGUCCUCUUGUUUCUACUGGCUGUGGCGUAGUGGUCAGAACCGCAAGAAGAAGCCGGUCGCAGAGAGUGCAGAGAUCCAACUUCCUGAGAAUCUUCAGAUGAUGGUCUCAGAGAUCCAACUUCCAGAGAAUCUUGAGAUGACUGCCACAGAAAACAAGGUUAUGGAGAGGAGGAUGAAUAGUCAGCAUGUGCUCCCAUUUGUUGAGAGUCCUAAAUAUCCAAGUUCCCCCAUGCCCUCCUUUAAUGCCCCACAUUCACAGCACACUCUUCAUGGCAAGGCACCCAUAGAUGAGCAGAUGUUUACGAUGGAUGUUGUGGCUCUGGCCAACUUCAAGGCCAAGGCCAAGCUGUUCCUGCAGAGACGCUUUGAGGAGAAAUCCUUCCCCACAUUUAAAGAAUUCAGGUCCUACUUCCCCUUCACGCCACGCUCGACGUACUACAUGUGGAAGCGAGCUUUGCAUCAUGGGGUGUCGCUUGUUCAUGGGUAAAUGUGCAAAGCUUUUAUCCCAUUAAAAAUGGGCUUGCAGGAAGAAUGUGAAAACUCUGCUGAAGAACUUCCUGGCCCCAAAAACUCACCUCUCUGCCUGUGCAUUUUUUUGCAAACAUACUACCUAAACCUUGUUGACUUCAUGUUCUAAGACUGUUAUACUGGCUUAGCAUCUGAAUGCAUUGUGUCCUUCCUUUGCCCCACCACCACAGCUCAUUCCUCCCUCCUGGACAUUUGCACGUGUGUGAAAAGAAACGGAGUCGUUGGUCUGUUUAAACCCUGCAUGUUGCCCUCCAGGCAACAGGCAGUUCAAAGCUGUUGUUUAGUGGCAUUUUGUUUGAAGCCGUUUCUCCUCCGUUCCCUUUUAAUCCUUGCUAAGCAUUGUAUUUGGAGUUCUUUUAUUUUUUCCACUUUUCAUUGUAGUAAGAUUGUUAAUGCUUAUGAUUUGUUUGUUGAUGUAUGUAAUAUAGAUUCCCGCUGGUUUAUGUUCUCUUUUUUUAUUCUUUGAAUGUAAAGAGAAGCCAGUAUUUGCUUUCAGAGAUGGGUUCACUCCUUGUUCAGACAUCCUCUGUAUACAGGGUUCCAGUCCUUUUUCAUGUUUCUCCUUUGGACUAUUGAAUGUACACACCUCAGGGAUUCACUUUGUACACCAAAGCCACAAGUUUUAUGUGGUGCUCUGGAGUUUUUGCCAUUUUAAUGACCAACUUUUAAAAUGCCUCUUUUUCUUUUGGUAAUUGAACAUUAUAUAAACCGAGUUGUGUCACACUUUAUUUGCACUCAAAUGGUUCCCAUUACACUGUUGAAUGUACUGUCUUAACCAUCAUGCACGCUUUGGUUAAGUUUGAAUUUUCCAGCAAUUCUAUUUUUGAAAAAUGUUUACAUGGUUUCUUUACUUGAAAACAAAAUAUAAAUGAAGAUAUUUUAUUUUUUGUACGAUCCUUCAUUUCAAAACUACCUAUUUCCCUGUAAUAUUGUGGGAUAUUUGCCUUUAUAAGCUAUGUUUGUCUGGUAUUUUUCAGUAAAUGAAGAUUCAGUUUCUACACACAGACAAAAGCGAACAGAUUUCAGUUUACGUUUGUACUUAGUGUAUUUAUUUUUCUUAUUCAUUACAUGCCUGAAAUUGGUUCUGUUGAUACUGGCAGCCAGCAUUAUAGUCAUUCAGUAGGAAAGGAAAUCUGUGCUGUGCUGUAUAUCAAU